AUGUGGGAUCACUACAGUGCGGAGAUCUCGUUCAUCGGCGAGACCUCCGUGUUUCUUCGUGCUGCCGACGCCGCCGACUGCUCGGGUGGGAAGAAAAAUUCCGCCGGGCCUCGAGAUGCCACGUGUUUUGCGGGAUCUCAGGAUCAGCGGGAUCUCAGGGAGUUUGUGCAGAGCAUGCUGAACCGUGGCAUCCAUCGCCAUGUGGAGAAGUAUGGGUGCUAUGCCAAUCGUGACAUUUGCAAGCUGGUACGUGAAGCUGGACUUCAUAUCGCUUUGGAGCAACGGUCACACUUCGGCACGACAUAUUCCUUGGUUUGUACCAAGAGUCCUCUGGUCAAGGCUGUUUCGUCUGAGAGCAGCCAGAUGCCGCGCCAGGUCUCCUUUUCCGUGAAGUGCGCCGACACGCGCGUGGGCCUGCAUGUGCGUGUGGUAGGCAGUGUGGCCGCAUUGGGUGAAUGGGAUCCACAAAAAGGCCUUGUGCUCAAUACCUCGGCCAGCGAUUUUCCCAAUUGGAAGCAGACGGAACCCACUCCACUUGAGGAGGGCAAAGUCGUGGAGUACAAAUAUGUCAUUUGCGACAACAAUGGCGCCGGUGUGCGAUGGGAGGAACGUGCCAACCGCACUCUGCAUAUUGCAGACCUGGUUGAAAGAGAGAUGGUUCCUCCGAACGGUUGGAUUGCAAUUACAGAGAACUUUGUGGCGUAUGACUGCGAUGAGAUGCGAUUCAGGCUGUGGAAACGAUGGGAUGGUGCAAUGGUGGGGCAGGGCUGA